AGCACGCUAAACCUCCUCUUCCUCUCCCUAACCUGGACAACAAUCGCCGCCAGCUACUCGCCGCUGCAGUUAGAAUUCUUCGCGCCCCUAGUCCUCCGCCUAACACUAUACGUCAUUCCCUCGCUACUAUGCCUAGCCUUCGACACAGCGAUGCCGAGCCUCGCGCUGGAGAUCAAGACGCACGGCUUGCCGCAGCGGAAUGCGAAUAAAGGCGGCAUCAGGACGGUGGCGCUGUGGAGUUUUGUCAAUGUGCUGCUGGGCGUGGGCGUGCAGGCGGGUGUGGAGUGGGGUGUUACGUCUGGGCUUGGGAUGAGGAGUUUGCUUGUUAUCAAGGGGAGUCGGUGGACGUUUAAUCAUUUGCCGAAUCCGUGGAUGGUGGGGAAACAUGCUGUUGUUGCGCUUUUGGCGCGGAAUAUCCUGCAGUACUAUAUCCACACGCAUGUCCUGCACGCGCCGACGCCAAAUACCCUCUCGCGCUGGCAUAAGUCCUGGCACCAUAGUAUCCGCACGCCUUACUCCCUCGCGGCAAACUACGAUCACCCCGUCUGUCACUUGCUGCACCGCUUCCUGCCCCUCUACCUUCCCGCCAUAGCACUCCGCAUGCACAUCCUGACCUACCUGGCGCUGACGGCGCUCUUCAGUCUCGAGGAGACGCUGGUGUAUUCUGGGUACAGCGUAUUACCGUCGACCAUCAUGCUACGAGGCAUGGCGCGCCGCACAGAUGCGCAUAUGAUGAGCGAGGGACAGGGGAACUUUGGACCUACGGGUGUGUUGGACUGGUGGCACGGGACGACCUUGGGGAAGGAUGUCAUUGAGGAUUUAAGGGUUGAGGCCGAGAAGCAUGAUGUGAAGGAUAGGGCAGGGAGUACAGUGAGUGGCGUGGCAGGGAAGAUCAAGGAUAGAGUUGGAAAUGGGAGUGGAAGGGGAAAGAAGUAG